CCCUUUAUAACUUCAAUACACAAGACGUGCGAAACCAAGUUCACUAACCACUCCAAGAAGAUGUCCGAAUCCACAAAACCCAUCACGAGUCUCUUGCUCAAGCUCCCAUCCGAGCUCCGCCUGCACAUCUACAGUUACUGCAUGCCCCAACCAGCGCUCCUUGCUCGCCCGUCAACUAUCAUAGGCCUAGUAUACAGCUGCAAACUGAUCAGACACGAGCUGGAGUCGGAAAUUAGCAGAGGCAUGAUUCGCCAUAUCACCAACAUAACCGAGAAAUGCCGUCUCGAAGGAGAAGACAUAGUAUACACACCUCCCGACACCCUUCACGGCUGGUUCAACCUUACAAUUUCACGACCCAAGACGCCCAGGAUGUUCCGCAAACAAGACCCUAUUCUUGAAUUCAAGUAUUUGUAUUUCAACGUUUUUACCGUCAUCUUCCACGGCGAUGCUGGAGGGUAUGACAACAAACCCGAAGACUUUCGGUAUGCAGUGCGGCACCUAACCUGGCGAAUCGGGAAGCACCAGAGUACAGACUCGAUACCGGCGAUGAAGAAGUGGGUGGUUGAUUGGAACGCAGAUCCAAACGAACAUGAGCAGAAGGUAGUGGGGUGCGCAAUAAGAGUGUCGUGGGGGUCUGGGUGGAAGCAUCAGCGUUUUCGGCAUGGGAAUGGUGCUGUGACACGGAUGGAGUUUUCUAAGAUUGACAGUCAACUAACAGAUAGUUGGUAUCUCCCUAAAACAUGUUUUCAAUACACCCAUCCCAUAUAAUGUACAGUGUCAAUAAUUUCACAUACGAAUCGGCCACAUAUAUAUAUAGAAAGUCUUUCGCAGAGCGC